AUGGUACCCACUGCAUCGAACCAAAAGGCAUUGGCUUUGAAGCAGCUACCCAGAAACAGAACAUGGGACAGUGAAUAUGAUAUAGAUAGUCAUCUGCAAAAGAAGAAUAGGGAAAUCGUUAUUAAGGAUCCAAAGGGUGAACCAGAAAUGGUGCAAUUCAUGGAUGGUUUAUACAGCAUUGUAGAGUCUCAGGUGCUUCAUGUUGAGGACCAAAACACAAAGAACAUUGCAGAAGAAACUACGACAGAGGAUGAUGAUGUGAUUAUAGAUCUUGAAUAUAAGUAUUUUUUUGGUCAUUUGAAGCCUCAUGGAAAAUCUUAUGUACUCGAUAUCCCUGAGGAUAGUGUCUUUGUGAAAUAUGAGUCUGAAUCAUCAACUCCUGAGAGUACAUCUAUUUGCGCAACCUAUACUGCAAAUUACGUUUCAAAUGAAGAGGUUAAUGUGUGCCUAGACACAGAUAUGCAACAAGGUACAAAAGCAAAACGCUCUGCUGUCAAGAGUACUAAUGUUAUUAGUAAUCAUGUGGCUUCAUACUCACAGAAGCAUAGAGGUAUGAACCCAAAAGGUGCAAAACUCUCUGCUGCUAAGAAUGGUAAUAUUAAGAGCAGUGAUGUGACUUCAAAGGUUCAGAAACAUGCUGGUAACUGUAUAUUUAAGCGCAGGAGUAAGAGGCUGAAAGAGCAUGCUAUGAAAACUGAUAAUCCCUCUGCCAUAGCAGCAAGAGUGAUAGUGGAGAUUGAAGAUAGUGAUGAUGAAGUACCAGAUAAAAGAAGGUCCAUGCAGGGCCAUAUUGUGAAGGUGGAACAUUGUUGGGAAGAAUAUGAUGAAGCCAAUGGAAGAAUACUUUUCAAAGAAAAACUCAUGGAAGAACUUAAGGUGCCUUACUGUGAGGAUGAGCACAAGAGACUUUUACACGAAAUUACUGUUCGAAAGCCAGUUCAACACCAUAGAGACCUGCGUGGGCGUAUCAAAAUCUAUGAGGAAGAUUAUUCUGGGUUUUCUUUUCUUGAUCAUUAUGUUGAUCUUGCAGAGACAAUAAAUUCAGCUCAUGAUGAUCAUCCAAGAGUUCUGAAUCUCCUUCGUGGAUUUUUCUAUUGGUUGAAAAAUUUAUCACAUGAAGGGUCGUUCAUGCCAUGGAAAGAUCCAUCGUGUUUGGAUGUACUGCCACAAUAG